AUGGCACGGAGUGAUGAGAAGUCCCAAGGCAAAAAGCGUCCCGCCGAAGGUGAUCCAGAUGGCGCGCAACCACUAACCAAGAAAUUCGGCUGUCUUCAGAUCGACCAUGACUCCUGUGCUCGGACCAAAUACGACACGCCUUCCCACGAGUCUGCCAUGCUAUUAGAUGACACCAAACACACUACCUAUAUCUAUAAUUUGGAUCAUGAAUUGGCUGAACCGGAUCCACCGGAUACUCUGGUGCUUCUCCCUCUCGCGGCCAGGAUGAUCUCGCUGCCCAAGUCGGUGUGGUCAUCCAACCCAGCCGAAGGCAAAGAGUUGGUUCUUUACACCGAACCGUCGUCUCUGACGGUUCCUAAAGAGCAGGAUAGUGUGCGCAAAGCGAUCAUUGAAUCGAGAGCGCGGGCUCGUACCUGCCAAUCCCCGUCUAUCAGCCCCUCGGCCGUGAGUAAUAGCAUUCCGCAACCCGACCAUGAUGAUCCAAUGGAUAUCGACUUGGAUCCAUAA